CGAUUCUUUUAGUGUUUUUUAUUCCUGAAAGAAAUUUAAUAACGUAGAGGAUUGCCACAUGGAUGUCAACGAUCGAGGCCCACGAAUGUCUAAGCUGUAACCUUAUCAUUGUCUGUAUUUAGUAUUUCUUAACACAAGUUAUGUACGCAUAAGACAAGUAUAACCUUGCAAUCACCGUUGCAGCUGCGUUGUUUUAUAGGAAUGACUCUUUGAGGGCACUCUAAACUCUAAAAGUCUCUCACAAUUGCUAGCUGAUUAAUCUCUUCAUAUCAUGGCCAACGACGAUUUCAUCUUAGGAAAAUUCUUUUUCCUUAUAGCUACAGUGGGAUCAGCGGCUAUCGUGGUCACAAUUUACCAUUGUAUAACUGUUUGUUUUUGUAACCGGCACCCGGCGGCUGCUAACCAAAGCCCUCCACAAAGACUCAGGCGAUCGCGUUUUGUGUCUGAGAUCACAAUGGAGACAUCUAUCGGUAGUACCAGCGCUUCUAUGGUCCAACUCAUCCCAGCACGCAAGUAUCAGAAAGGUGUGGACUCGAUGGGCGAAGAUGGCACUUGUGCCGUGUGCUUGAGCGAAUUUGAAGAUGGUGAAGAAUUACGUACCUUGCCAGGGUGCAUGCACUCGUUUCACGUCCCAUGCAUUGAUAUGUGGCUCUACUCUCACUCAACUUGCCCGAUUUGUCGGUCUGAUGCCACUACUUUGUCAUCGACAUUUCAUCGUGCAACAAUUUCAAGUUCCGAUGAGUCCGAGGCACAUUCAGGAACGCUGCAAGAUAUUGUUAUACAUUCUACGCGGGCAUGAUAGUGAAAGGUUUGUCCCACUAUAUUUGCUCAAGGUUUAGUCACAGGAUUCACGUACCUUACCUCUGAUGUUUUCAAUACAUUUAUCUUGGCUCGGAUGUUUUUCUUUUUC